AUGUCUCGAACCUGCCCAUGAGCGCCCGGGGAACCGAGCCCAUGGAUCGGAGCGAGCCGCGGCCGCCGCCGCAGGAGGUGGCCGAGGGGGAGGAUUUCGGUUACCGGCUCUUCCCGGAGCGGCGCAGCGAGGCCAAGCCGCAGCGCAGUUUCCUGGCCACCAGCCUCCUCACCUUCAACAACAAGUGCCAGGUGAUGCUGAAGAUCGCCCUGAACACAACUUCAUUUACUGUGCUAACAAAACAUAGCAAGUGCAAUACUAGAAACACAGAUGUCAUUGCUAAAACUACUAGCAAGCGGCGCCCCCGGCAGCUCCCGUUGGUCGCAGUUCCUGGUCAAUGGGCUGGAAGCCACGGAGUCAGCACUCGGGGAUGGAGGACAGAGGCAGUGUGCCUGCAGAGCCGUCUGGCCGCGCCUCCGCUAGCAACAGCUGGGGUGGGGAGCUGCUUGCGGGGAGCCGCCGGAGGUCCAUAUGCUCAACUUCUUCUUGAUGCUAUGAAGCAGUCUGGCUGCACUGUUUAUAACGAUCGGCACUUUGCCUGUGAAGACUGUGAUAAGUGUGUCAGUGGAGGUUUUGAUUCUGCAACAUCACAGAUUGUUCUAUGCCAGAACAAUAUUCAUCAACAAUCCCAUAUGAACCGAGUAGUUACACAUGAACUGAUUCAUGCUUUUGAUCACUGUCGUGCACAUGUUGACUGGUUCAGCAAUGUCAAACAUUUAGCCUGUUCAGAGAUUCGAGCUGCUAAUCUCAGUGGAGACUGCUCACUCAUAAAUGAAAUGACCAGAUUUAAAUUUGGAUUAAAACAACACCAUCAGACCUGUGUACGAGACAGAGCCAUUCGCUCCAUUUUGGCUGUUAGAAAAGUUAGCAAAGAAACAGCAGAAAAAGCUGUGGAUGGAGUUUUUGACUCCUGUUUCAAUGAUCAUGAACCAUUUGGAAGAGUCCCACACAGUAAAUCAGAUGCCAAGUAUGCUUACAGAAACUUUCAGAACCGGGAUCGAUAUUAUGCAAAUUUGUAAAGGUGACUGUUAACCAUUAGCAGUGCUGUCACACUGAAAACAUAGCAUAUAUACCUGUUGCUGGUGGAGAGAGGAAAUUCUGGCAAGUAAACUACAAUUUUGUACGGAAAGCUUACACAAAAGCCAAGUUCCACUGAUGAGUUAGAAAUAAUCUGAGUAAAUGAACAAGAGCUGUAAACCAUGUAUUUCCUCGCCUGUUUUUCAAUGUUUCUUUUGACAUAUCAAAUUUUUAAUCCACACAUUUGAAUUCAUGUGUAAAUCUGCUCAGUCCAAUUAAGAAUGUUUCAAAAUGUCUUUUAUCUUUACUGAAUAAAGUGAUUUAAGAUGUUCAGAUUUU